AUGAAGUACAUUACCAUCCUUGCUGUGAUCGCCAGUCUUUUCCUUUUCUUCUUCAAGGAGUCGGUUGCUGUGGAAUUGCCCGAAAACCCUCCAAUCACCCACAAGGUGUACUUUGACAUCACGGAAGAUGACAAGCCUAUAGGUAGAAUCACCAUCGGUUUGUUCGGCACCAUCGUGCCAAAAACCGUGGAAAACUUCAGACAACUCGCCAUCUCCGAAGACCCCAAGUUCCGUUACACCGAUUCAAUUUUCCACAGAGUCAUUCCUAAGUUCAUGCUUCAAGGUGGUGACUACGAAACCGGUCAAGGUUACGGUGGUAAGUCCAUCUACGGUGGCAAGUUCGACGACGAAAACUUCACCUUGAAGCACGACAGACCAUACAGACUCUCCAUGGCCAAUGCGGGCAGAAACACCAACGGCUCGCAAUUCUUCAUCACCACCGUUGUCACCAGUUGGUUGAACAACGCUCACGUUGUGUUUGGUGAAGUUCUUGAUGGUUUCGACGUAGUUGACUACAUUGAGAAUGUCAAGACCAGUGCCGGAAACCGUCCAAUUAAGACCAUCAAGAUCGCCAAGGCUGGUGAGCUUGAAGUUGAA